AUAAAUUGUUCAACUAUGCUGAUGCUGAUUGUUUUUAUCUCUGGAAAUUUUUUAUUAGCUGUGAAAGGUAACACUCUCCAAACUGGCAGGCUCAACAUUUCUCAGACUCUGCAGGGUUGGAGCUGCAGCAGUGCGUGUUCACCUUCUCAACACUGCCGACUGCCUCGUUGCACAAACGUUGUAUUCCCCAAGACAUUCACUGGAUCGGGGACGGUUAACGUUCACGUGACGGUCAGCCAUGGUGAGGCGUUCUCACGCGUCCAUUCACCGUCAGCUAUGUGGGUUAAGUCGGUUACUACACGUGACUUUGAAGUGUGUGCUCGUGAGUCUGGCAUUGGAUCAAAUGGUACAGGAAUCAUCAACUGGUUGGCUUUCCAAGAUCAUUCACAAAUGACGCGUGGUAGUGUUUCUUUUAGUGGAAUAUGGACAACCGAAACUAAGUGUGACAAAGUUACCUUCUCACAGAGUUUUCUUGGAGGACCAUCCGUGUUUGUGUCAGCUAGGUACACACGUGACACAAAGCCAAAUGAUGCUAUGUAUGUUUGGUUGGAAAAUGUAAAUUCCAGAAGUUUCGAGGUGUGCAUCCGGGAGUUCCUGCCCUUCGAUGGAAAACAUCGUGACACCAUUGUGGACUGGUUUGCAUUUGUUGGCAAUGGCUCUGAAUUUAAUUUUACGCUGUCAGGAGAAGCAGAUUUUCCAAACAGUAACCCGCCAACGGCUGAACAUAAUUAUGGUUUUUGUCAAGAGGUGCAGUUCAACACAACAUUUUAUACUUCACCUGUUGUCCUUGUGUCUGUGCAUCAUUUGUACAACCCUCAAGUCAGCAUGAAAAGCCUUGUCUCACCCAAGAAUAACAUCAUAUCAGCCUGGGUUGAGGAAGUUAGCCUCACAUCCAUGAGGAUUUGUGUCAAAGACUUGAGUGGAACAGGAAGCAAACACGACCCUCUGUCUGUUAGCUACGUCGUUAUUGGAGACCUCAAUCCCUGUCUAAAUGUGUUUUGCCCAUCAUUCGGAGUCUGCAAAACCUACAGUGCCCAUGAAGCUCGCUGUGUGUGUGACGACAACUGCCCGUCAUAUCAAGACCCUGUCUGCACGGAAAAUGGAACGACAUAUGACAAUGAAUGCCUGUACAAAUUGAGCUUCUGCAAGGGACUGGACAAUAAUACCUUGUAUCAUCCGGGCAGCUGUGAGGGCUUUCCAAUCAUUCAUGGUCGGGUUAAGCUCUUUCGAGUUCCCAAAUGGUCAGACUCAAGCUGCAAAAAAGUGGUAUUCCCACCAUACCGCUUCUAUCCGAACAAAGAAGUUCAAGUGCAGAUCACCCUUAGUCAUGCUCCCUGA